AUCAUUCGCGCCUUUCAGAAAUUUGCAUUUGUACAGUCAAAACAGAGAUUCGCAUAAACUCCGCUGAAAUAUAAACAAAGAAAAGAAAGCAGAGAAGUAAAUAUAAACAAUUCUUCCCCAAUGAACACCUGUGAAGCGGAUGGAGAGGCGGAGGCGCUGGUGAGGCGCUUCUCUGCCAGCUGCGAGCAGUUGGAGCUGUAUCCGUGGAUUCAACAGAGCGCCCUGGCCACCUACCGACGUUUCGAUGCCGCCGGCGGACUGUCCACCAGCGAGGGUGAGGUCCAGGAGUGGCUAUGCUGCGCCGUCUACAGCGAACUGCAGCGGGUGAAGAUUCGGGACAUCCGACGGGAAUCUCAGAACGCCACAACCAAAGGGAACGAGCCCCUGGCCAAGAACAACUGCUGGAACCUGUCACUAACCCGACUGCUGCGCGGCUUCAAGGUGAACGUGUCUCAGUUCCUGCGCCGCAUGGAGCACUGGAACUGGCUGGCCCAGAACGAAAACACAUUCCAGCUGGAGGUGGAGGAUCUGCGUCGCCGGCUGGGCAUCACCUUGACCCUGUUGCGGCACUACAAGAACAUCUUCAAGUGCAUAUUUGUGCGACCCGCAGAGGAUGCGGAUCCGGACUCCCUGGCUCUUUACCAUUCGCUCUACGAAUUCGGCUGGCUGCUCUUCCUGGUCAUCCGCAACGAGUUGCCCGGCUUUGCCACCACCAAUCUGGUCAACGGCUGCCAAGUGCUCGUCUGCAGCAUGGACCUGCUGUUUGUGAACGCUCUGGAGAUGCCGCUAUCCGAAGUAAUACGCCGUGACUUUGCCGGAGUGCCCAAAAAAUGGGCAAGCAAGGACUUCGACGCUUCUGUUCUUAACAAAUAUAGCGCCCUGAAGGCAUUGGGAGCACUGAUUCCUGAGCUUCCCCUGAAGGGGGUGCAGCAGAUGAAGAACGCCUUCUUCCACAAAGCCCUCAUGCUGCUGUUCAUGGAGCAAAGUCUGGUGGGCGACGACACCCACAUGCGGGAGGUCAUCAAGGAGGGAAUGCUGGACAUUAAUUUGGGCACCCUAAAUCGGAAAUACUCCGGCCAUGUAGCCGACAUCAGCGAGAUGGACGAGCGGGUGCUGCUAUGCUUCAAUGAAGCGAAAGAGCGCAAGAAGGUGUCGCACAAUGCCUCGUUGCCCGCAUACCAAUCCAGUUCCUCCUCACCUUUGUACAAAAAACUGCUGGCGCAGGACCUGCCACAAUGCCUUUCUGCCGUUAUAAGAAAAGCGUUGCACAAGGGCGAAAACGGAGAAAAUGUGGUACAAUAUAUAGAGCAGACUGUUAAAAAAAUGGAUCAGACCUUUGCAGCUGCCGCCAAGAAUUACCUGAAUGCUGAGGCGGCCGGAGCACGUUUCCGCCUGGCCAGAGGUCUUUACUCCAAGUUUUUAGUAAAGAUUGUGGCCUCGGAGCUAGCGCUGAAACCCCAGCUAAAGAUAAGUCAGUUACUGAGACAGCGCACGUUAAUCACGACCCUAUUAGCCUGUUGUCUGGAACUGGCUCUCCACGUCCACGACGAGCAAGUGGAUGGCCUUAGGUUCCCCUUCGUCCUAGACUGCUACUCCCUGGAUGCUUAUGACUUUCAAAAAAUACUGGAACUGGUGGUGCGCCAUGACCAGGGAUUUCUGGGCAGGGAGCUGGUCAAGCAUCUUCAUGUGUUGGAGGACAAGUGCCUCGAAUCGCUGAUCUUCCGCAAGAGCUCACAGCUGUGGUGGAACUUGGGAAAAGGCCUGCCCAGCUAUCAGGAAGUCCAGUCGGUUGCGGAUGGCAAGGAAAACACUUCCCCAGGAGCGGGCAUCUGCCUGCGCAAGUUCUACGGCUUGGCCAACCGGCGACUGCUCCUUCUCUGCCAGAGCCUUUGCCUGGUGGACUCCUUUCCGCGAAUCUGGCACUUGGCCGAGCACUCCUUCACCAUGGAAGGCGGCCGGCUGCUGCGUAACCGCCACAUGGAUCAGCUGCUGCUGUGUGCCAUCCAUUUGCACGUUCGGCUCGAGAGCCUGCGCCUAUCCUUUAGCAUGAUUAUCCAGCACUAUCGCCGGCAGCCGAACGCCCAGAGGAGCGUUUACCGCGAGGUCGACCUGGGCAAUGGCCAAACAGCGGAUGUCAUCCGGUUCUACAACAGUGUGUACGUGAGGAGCAUGGGCCAUUAUGGUCGGCACCUGGACUGCGAACAAUCCCGCAAAUCGCCGCAACAACCGAAAACGUGUCUGGGCAUUCUGCAGGAGACAUCGGCCAACGAACGGCACAUGCUGGCGAACAUAAGCAUAUCCUCGCCACCGCCGCCCAAGAUUUGCCAAAGCGGAUCCUGCUCCAGUCUCCCGCCGCAAUCUCCAGCCGCUUCGCCACUGCCCACCUCGAACAAACCCGGCCUGAAGAGAGCUUCCUCCAGCGGCGAUCUGAGCGAUGUCAAGCGUCCCAACAUCUUGCGGCGUCGCACCUGCUUUGAAUGAAACAAUCUGAAAAAUGCAUUAUGAAUUGGCUACAUUUUACGCAGCUACCCAACUCAUUGUAAAUGAACCGACUGCUCCAUUAAACUCAACCUUUAAUAAAAUCAAUGUAAAAAAAAAUAUUAUAAUAUUGAGCCUAAACCGCUAAAAUAACGCAAGCCACAUAUUUAAAAAAAUGUUUUUUUAAAUGCGAAUAUAAAGAAUAUUUAACUACA